UGUUGUUGUUGUUGCUUUUAACUGUAAUGUCGUUUUGUUUUUGUAACAAUUUUCAGACAUUGCAACCCAGUAUUCACGUGACUCCUCUGGCGCAAAGAGUUGAAUGGACACAAACGGAUUAUUCUCGGUUUAUAAGCUUUAAUGUUUGCGCACACAUGGAUUGUUUCUCUUGCGCCUUUGUGACAUUGCUGUAGAUAUUUUCCCGAAGCUGUUUUAUCCAUCUGUACAGUAUUAUUGACAAUCUGCUACUCAACGGCACUUUUUUUCAGGUCCUUUUGCCCAGGUGACCACAGCGAUCCAAUACGGGUUUUCCCACAAACCACAUGACAAAAACGGUUCCUGUCGAGCCACAAACCGACGCGCAGCGCUCACACGCUUCUCGUAAUUCAGUUUUAUGUCAUGUUGGAAGAGACAGGACCGAUUUUUGUAGUGUGUGUCUUCAAAAUCAUCAGACAGAUUGGCGUUGGAGACAGUUUAUAGAGGAUAAUGUUGUCUUUCUGCGGCCGGUGUCAGUCUCUCAAUCAGACUCAGAGUGUGGAGGCGAUGGUGCAGCAUGUCCUCUGCAGGAAAUACAGCAAAUAACCCAACAGCGACUGAGAUCAACACGUUUUCUCACCUCUUUAAAUGUUUUAUCAAAUUCACAGAUUAAGGUUUUUAAUUAACAUCCGGGUUCUAAUUGUGUUUUUCAUUUGGUGACAGUGAGAUUUUUCAUUACACGCAGAGUCACUGCAGAGCUGAACAAAUGCACUUAAAUAGCUUUAAAGGUAUUAAUUAAUAAAAAUCAAGAAUAUAUUGAGAGUUUAAUAUAAUGUGAAAUAAAUACAAUACAAUAUGUAGCACAGUACAGGGGUUAGGAUUCAAUAUGUUGUGAUACUGUAACCAAGGUGAUUUAUUGUGAUUUAAAUAUAUAUAUAUAUAUAUACACACACACACAAAAAGUUUACUUUCUUAUGCAACCAGAACAGUAGGAUCUGCAUUUAUCACAGUCCUUGUCUAGAGGUUGGGUGUUUAAACACAAAAAUCAAUACAGUGUGUUUGAAGAAUUGAGACAAUAUCACAAAAUAAAAUAUAAAAUAAAAUACCCCAAUAUGAUAUUUUUCAGUAUUUUCUUACAGUCCUACUUAAUACACCUUUAAAAUCUUAACAAUAUAAGAUAAAAAAGACUUAAUAGAUUAUAUAAUAGGGUUGUACUGCUUGUUACAGCAGUUAAAGAAAACACAAAUAAGAAAACACACAUUAAAUAAAGGUAAAAACCUUUUUAUGUCUGAUGGAAUAGAGAAAAUUGUGUGUACACAUAAUGUGUAGCAUUAUAAUAAAUAUAUAUAUAUAUAUUAAAGAAUAUUGCUUUUAAAGAUGGAUGAAAUUUACACAGCUAUUAGAGCAGGAGGUAGAGACACAGUGUAAAACUAUAUCUAAUUGCACAGGACAAAAUUAUGUGUAAUUCGGAGGAAAUAUAAGCUAUAAAUAUAAGAAAUAGAGCCAGAUAAUUGCACAGUACAGUUUAUAUAAUCUAAGGCAGUGUGUCAUCAAUCACAAUGUCACAGGUUUAAGUUAGACCUCAUUCCCCAUCUGCCUCUAUCCUCAUUUCCUUUCUGCUUACUCUCAAUAAAUGUAUAAAAUGCCCUCAAAAGAAAACUCUCUCUCGUGUCAUCUUGCACACAUAUUGCCUUAUUUUAAGGGCUCACAAACCAAAAUGUUUGGGAUCCACUGAUGCACCCUCACAACAGCAGGGUCCAACAUAUCCAAAAACUAAUACUGGUAAUUGUGUUGUUAGAAAAAAAACAAAUGAAGUCCUUCGAGUAUCCAAAAACCUUUUAUAAGCCAUUAGCAUCCAGUUUUCCCCCUUUUACUUCCUGUUAAGAAGCUUUCAGGUUGCAAAGAAAUCCAGAUGUAGUUUAGUUGCUGUUUGCCAUCAAAUGUAAAUACGUAUUUUAGAUGUUCUUUUAUAGACAUUUCCCCCAAAUUCAGCCUGACCUUGUUCUUUGCUCACCAUCAGGCCACCAGGUUAAAAAUGAGUCAUAUAAGCUUAUGUUUGCAACCAGCAAUUCAUUACUGCUGCUAGUUUUCAAACUGAGGUCAGGGGACCAACAUGUGACCUUGAGUGGGUUGUAGGGGGUCCCCAGUAAAAGUAGGAAUAGAAUGUUUUAACUUUUAUUUGUAGUGAUCCCAGUUUGAUUAUUGAUUGAGACUUAAUCUUCAAAACUUAAAACUUGAAAAAGAUUCUCAGAAGGAAUUCCUUAUGACAAAAUCCUCUCAAACUGGGGGUCUGUGGUCUAAUGUGUAACUAUUGAAAGGUUUGAGAACCCUUUACUACUAGAGCAGUGGAUCCCAACCUGCGGGUCGGGACCCCCACUACGGGUUGCCAAAGCAUCACAGAGGCCUUGUAGAUUUGAAGGAAACUUAGACUAUACCUCAACAUUUUAUUAUUUUUCUAUGAAGAAAACUAAAUGAUUUCUUUUUUUUUUUAAAGUUAGGAUUAUAAUUUAAGAUAUAAACUUUAAAGUCCUGAACUAAAGAUGUUUUUACAGAAACUUGGACUGAACAAUGGCCAUGUGUCAGUGAAUUUAGUAUGAUUACAAAAUAAGACAAAAUACAUAAUAUAGAUUGUAUAAAGUUAUCUAAAAAUAUCAGGAAAACUCAUCUCUGACGCAACAUUUACAGGAAAUCUCAAAAUUCAUCCGAAUCACUUGUUUUACACAAAUCUUCUGCAGUUAUUUUGUUCCCUGUUUGAGUUCAUUGUACAGUUUAUUAGUUGUUCUGUAAUGGUAUUGUUAUGCAUUGAAUAUAAUGUGAAAUAUCCAUAAAAUAUGUCACUUUAAUCAGGGGUUGACAGUUUACUCAGUUGCAGAAAAGGGGUCACUUGAGGAAAACAUUUGGGAACCACAGUGCGAAAAAAUGUUUAAGUUUCUGUGUUUAAUUUAUAUGAAGCAGCUGAAAAUCUCCUGAGUCAGAGACGUUUUUAUCAAAGCUAAAACUGAACCGACCAAUCGAAGAAUAAGGAAGUCAUUUAGAUUUUGAGUCAGUGUGCAGUAAUUAAGGGUUUAAAACAAUCUAAAAUCUCUCAUAUAACAUUUCAGCUUCAUGGAGAAGUAUGAAGAGUGUGGUUUUAGUCAAACAAACUCAACUCUCAGGCAACAGAUCUGCUUAAAAUUAGCCCUUGUAUCACAUAGCUCUGUGGUGUUUCUUUGAGUAGAGGGUGACUCAUUCAUUCAGACUGCACACCCAUUACAGUGGGAGAGAGACAGACAGAGAGAGAGAGAGAGAGGAACAACCACCUACCAAGUGCCAAACUGGAGGCCAACCUCUCUCCUCUCCUCCCAUCUCAUUCUUUCCUAUAUGGGCACUCAGAUGGGUUUGCAGACAGUGCAGUAACAGACUGAACAGUGCUGGAGAACCAAGAGAGGCCACCCUCAUUACAAGAUAACAAAGGCAAUUAACAGAGUCAAAGUCCAAAGAACAAAGUCCACGAAUAUCCUCGGAGCAGCGUUUUUCUCCUUAUCCAACGAGCUCUAAAAAAGAUAGCAGACAAUGGCGACACCCAAAAACACUCCCCGAGGUGCAAACAUGUCCAUGUCCCCCAACCGUAUCACCCGGCUCCAGGAGAAAGAGGACCUGUCCAACCUCAACGACCGGCUGGCCGUCUACAUCGACAAGGUGCGCUUUCUGGAGGCUGAGAACGCCGGCCUGCGUCUGCGCAUCACAGAGUCAGAGACAGAGGUCAGCCGGGAGCUGACAGGCCUGAAGGCUGCCUAUGAGACCGAGCUGGCCGAUGCCCGUCAGACUCUGGACUCUGUGGCCAAAGAGAGAGCACGUCUGCAGCUGGAGCUGGGCAAGCUGCGGGAGGACCACAAAGAGCUGAAAGCAAGGAAUGCCAAAAAGGAGUCAGACUUGGCUGGAGCGUUGCAGAGGCUCAAAGACCUGGAGGCUCUGCUGAACUCGAAGGAUGCAUCCCUGACUACAGCUCUGGGAGAGAAGCGAAACCUCGAGGUGGAAAACAGGGACCUGAAGACGCAGGUGGCCAAGCUGGACACCAGUUUGAACGAUGCCAGGAAGCAGCUGCAGGAUGAGAUGCUGAGGAGGGUGGAUGGAGAGAAUCGCAUCCAGACCCUCAAAGAGGAGCUGGAGUUUCAGAGGAAUCUCCACUCGGAGGAACUGCGGGAGACAAAGCGGCGCCACGAGUCUCGUAUGGUUGAGUUGGACAAUGGCAUCCAGCAGGACUUUGAAAGCAAGUUGUCGGAGGCGCUGAUGGAGAUGCGUAACCAGCACGAACUGCAGAUCAAAAUGUACAAGGAUGAGAUUGAGAAGACCUACAAUAACAAGCUGGAAAAUGCUCGCCAGUCAGCGGACAGGAGCAGUAACCUGGUUGGAGCAGCACACGAGGAGCUCCAGCAGACACGAAUCCGCUUGGAGUCCAUGUCCUCUCAGCUCAGCCAGCUGCAGAAACAGCUGGCGGCCCGCGAGGCGAAGGUGAGGGACCUGGAGGAAGCUCUGUCUCGGGAGCGGGACACCACACGUCGUCUGCUGGGAGACAAAGACAGAGAAAUGGCCGAGAUGAGGCAGCAAAUGCAGCAGCAGCUGGAUGAGUACCAGGAGCUCCUGGAUGUCAAGCUGGCUCUGGAUAUGGAGAUAUGUGCUUACAGGAAGCUGCUGGAGGGAGAGGAGCAGAGGCUGCGUCUCUCCCCCAGCCCCCCGCCCACCAAAAUGACAGGAAGUCGUUCCUCUACUUCCGGAGCUCACUCUCGAUCAGUCCACUACGGCACUCAGAACUCUCCGGCCAAGAGGCGCCGCCCCAACGACACCGACAGCGAGGCUUCGAGCUUUGCAGGUGGAGCUGUGGCCCGCACUCGCAUCACCCAGCAGGCCUCAGCCAGCGGACGGGUCACCGUGGACGAGGUGGACCUGGAGGGGAAAUAUGUCAAACUCAGCAACAAAUCAGAUGAGGAUCAGAAUUUGGGGAACUGGCAGGUGAAGCGACAGGUGGGAUCUGGUGCUCCCAUUAUCUUUAAGUUCCCGGUGAAAUUCACCUUGAAGGCGGGACAGAGGGUCACGAUCUGGGCCUCUGGUGCUGGUGGAACCCACAGUCCUCCCUCUGACCUGGUGUGGAAGACUCAGCCCUCUUGGGGCACCGGAGACAUGUUGCAGACCACCCUGAUCAGUGCCAAUGGAGAGGAAAUGGCAAUGAGGAAGGUCAUCCGCACACACCUUGAAGAAGACGAUGAUGACAUGCAGGUGGCUCACAGCACCUGUGGAGACAGUGAGUACAACCUGCGGAGCCGGACGGUCGUCUGCGGCUCCUGCGGACUUCCAUCAGACAAAUCCAGCAGCUGCUCCGUGACCUCAGGUUCCCGCUCCUUCCGCAGCGGAGGCAUCUCCGAGGGUUUGCUGCCCCACUCCUACGUGUUCAGCACCAGCACUCCUCGCAAGACUGGAGGCAGAAUGGAGAGCUGUCCAAUUAUGUGAGCCCCUGGAUCCACGCUGAAACACUUUCAACUAUUCAAUUAGUUUUUAGUUAUCAGUUCUUUAGUUACCAGCUGUAGUUAGUUCACUUCAUGUACUCUGGAAUAUUUUUUCAAGAUAUUGUAUGCAAUGAAAUUUUAUACUGCUUUUUUUUUUUUAAUAAUGUACAUAGGCAUGCUUAUGAAAUAUUUUCUUAGAUUGAAAUCAUGAUUAAAGCAGGCAGUUUUGUUUGUAUCUGUGACAUUAAGAGUUUUAGAUUUCUCCCAGGCUUCCUGCCAAGCAGUAACAUAUGAGCCUAGCAGCUACUUUAACAGUUUAAAACAACUAAAAGUUGACGAUGCAAUAAAUUAGAUUAAAAUCAUACUUUCUUGUGCUUUUCAUAACACAGUUCAAUCAGAUUUGCAUUACACUCUGUAAUGAUGCAGCAGGGUUGCAUUAAAAUUAUUUUUGUUCAUGUAUUUCGAAAAACACUUUGAAUUUUAUUCUGGAAAGUAAAUUGAGAUCAACUUUGCUACAGAUCCACAGAAUAUUAUGUA